CCUCGCUAUCAGCUGUCAGCGAUAGCAUUACUAUUUCCUGAUCUCUGUAGCUUGCUAAACCAAUACAACCCCGCUCGACCGGUCCGGAUGUCAGCAAGCGAUCUCAGACAAACCUCGAAAGAAAGGAUGAGCAGUUCGAACUUGUGGGUCGGUGGCACGUCGGCCCUGCUCCGCUGCUCCCGGAAGCUAAUCUGGCGGCCGAUGACAUGAACCUUAAAGCUCUGGCGCGCCGCUGCGGAACUAUUUGUGGUGACCUCCGUCAUAGGUACACGCUCUGAUAAUUCGCCUCUGCGACCACAUCCUGAGCGCAAGACGUUGUCGACUUCGACAAUGGCUCCUGGAUACAGGCUUGGUGUAGAUGUUGGAGGAACUUUCACAGAUAUCUGCGUAAUUACGCCAGAGGGCGAAACGGUCCGCGUCAAAGUCCUCACCGAUACUACCGAUCAAUCAAUAGGCGUACAAGAAGGUGUCACCAAGGCACGUAGAAUUCUGAAGGAAAAAUACAAUUGGGACGGCAAGUUCGAGUAUAUCCACCAUGGUACAACAACCGGAACGAAUGCGAUACUAGAGGGGAAGGGUGCAAAGGCUGGGCUAGUCGUAACAGCAGGACACAAGGAUAUCCUGACAGUCAGGAGGAGUCAAAUACCUGGAGGGCUAGGAGCAUGGAUAAACUACGUUCAACCAGAGCCAAUUGUGCCGCUGGAACGAACCGUUGAGGCCGUGGAGCGCGUCACCAUUGGUGGGGAUGUUUUCAAGAAAUUGGACGAGAAGGCGCUCCGGGAAAGUCUGGUAGAUCUGAAGAGGCAGGAACCUGAGGCUAUUUCUGUAUCUCUACUCAAUUCCUUCAGCAACAACAUCCAUGAAACUCAAAUCAGAGACAUCUUGCGAGACGAAUUCGGUCCCGAUGUCGAGAUUGUCACCUCGACAGAUGUGCUCCCCGAAAUCCAAGAAUACGAGCGAACAGUGACUACUACGGCGAAUGCGAUCGUCAAGCCUGUCGUGAAGCGAUAUAUGCACAAUCUCCAGACAAAGCUUGCCGAGGAAACGGAAACGAUACGAAUCUUGAAGUCGGAUGGGGAUCUGACAUCGGUUGACCUCGCUGGCGAGCUACCGGUGCAUAUCUUGAUGAGCGGGCCAGCUGGUGGUGUGAAGGGUGUAUCGCACCUGGUUGCGAAGAACACUCCCUACAAGAAUUUAAUCACGUUAGACAUGGGAGGAACAAGUACGGACUGUGCAUUACUCUCAGGUUCAGAUGUUAUCAUUCGCCGUGAGACCAAUAUUGGACCCCUGGCCGUUAAGGCACCUUCCGUCGAUGUUCGAACCGUUGGUGCUGGCGGCGGCUCUAUCGCCAUCUACAACGACUUUACGAAGCAACUCCGCGUCGGACCAGAAUCCAGCGGCGCAAACCCAGGCCCUGCGGCAUAUGGCAAAGGAGGCUCACAGGCUACCGUAACUGAUGCAAAUCUUGUUCUCGGCUACCUGCCUUCACAGCUUCUCGGUGGCUCCUUCGAGCUUGACGUUGCGGCCUCUGCUGCGGCUGUUGAAUCAAUAGCGAAGCAGAUGGGCAUGGGGGUCACUGCCGCUGCAGAAGGCAUCAUUGACCUCGUGAACGAAGCUAUGCAUGGCGCCCUGCGCCUCGUAUCUAUCGAACAGGGUUUCGACCCACGCAAUUUUGCUCUUGUUGCCUUCGGUGGCGCUGGUCCUCUACACGCCAAUGCCCUCGGAAAGCUUCUUGGAUCAUGGCCUGUCAUUGUGCCCCCAAGUCCAGGUAUCCUAUGUGCACAAGGAGAUGCAACUACUAAAAUGUCACACGAGCAGUCUUGCACUUAUAUUAAAUUGUUUUCAAAUAUUACAACAGACGAUCUUACAUCUACGCUAGGGGAGCUUAAGGAAAAUUGUAUCAAGACCAUGAAGGCUGCCCUCCAUGAGAGUGCCAACCUCAAGAUCCAGUAUCAGACCGAUAUGAGGUAUAAGGGACAGGCAAUGACAUUGACUGUCGAUUUCGCCGAAGAAGACUUGCACAACACACCUAGCUUGCUUAAAGCUCUACGCGAACAAUUCUCGAAAAUGCACCACCAGCAAUUUGGUUUCUCACUCGAGGACGCCGAACUGGAAACGAUGCGAAUGCGUGUAAAGGCCUUGGACGCCUCGGAGGAAGUCGCUAUCAAAUCGAUCGAAACGGCCGACGGUACCACGCCACCAGAGGAUGCCAUAGUGAUGAAGCGCGACAUAACACAUGAAGGAAACAAAGUCGAGGCAAUCUUCUGGGAUCGGAGUAAGCUCACGAAAGCUGGUAUUAAGAUUCCCGGACCAGCUGUAAUUACCGAGAUGGAUUCAAACACUCUCAUCUUGCCUGGCUACAUCGGCGAGAUUGACUCCAUGGGCAACAUCUUGAUCUGGCCUGCCGAGAAGAAAACGGAAGACAGUGCUGUUCACACUCGGGAAUCCGCGCAGCAAUUGAUCAGAGAGCAGCCUUUGAUCUCGACUCUCAUCUCGUCUGCCCUGCAAUCUAUCCGCCGCGAAAUGGACACGCUCAUGCUCCGCUGCGCCAUGUCACCUGCUAUUCGUGAACAGCAGGAUGAGUUCAACGUUAUCACGAACACGCGAGGUCAAAUGCUUGUUGGUCAAUUUGGCAGCUUCAUCACCCAGUUCUUGAACGGUUGGUCUGGCACAGUUGAGGAGGGGGACGUGUUUGUCACGAACGAUGUUUAUCAAAUUGACGGUGCAGUUUCGCAUUUAAACGACGUUAUUGUACUGCUGCCAAUUCACUUCAACCAUGAACUGGUUGGGUGGGCCGCCAACUUUGGACAUUUGACCGAUAUCCAAGGUAAGGUUCCAGGAUCAAUGAGUAUAAAUGCCCGGACAAUCUACGAAGAUGGCCUGCAAAUACCAAUCGUGAAGCUUUACGCUAAGGGCGUAUACAACGAGGCACUCGCCAGCGUGUUCUUCCGGAACUCCCGUCAGCCAGAGUGGUUUCAGAGCGACCUAAUUGCCCUUGUUGCAGCUUGCAGAACCGCCGCAGCCCGCGUCUGUGAGCUAUGCGAUCGAUAUGGACUGGAGGUGUACGAAGCGGCAACGGAUGAUCUCCUACUACAAAAUCGGAGGGCGAUUAAGACGAUCAUAGACGAGAAGAUCGGUACCGAGAAGUCAAGCUUUACCGACUUCAUCGACGACGAUGGCCAUGGCAUUGGGCCAUAUGCGAUAUCAUGCGCGAUGCAGAAGCAGGGCGACAAGCUCGUCUUCGACUGGGACGGCACAUCUCCCCAGUCUAACACGUCCAUGAACUUCUACCUUUCCGUCACGAUGUUCAAGAUGUUCAUCGGCUACUACCUCCUUGCAGUCUACGAUCCCCACUGCGUCGUCAAUGACGGGUUCCACGACCUCAUCGACAUCCGUAUUCCCUCCGGCACUAUCCUCCGACCCGUCCGCCCGGCAGCAGUGAGCUGUCGAACGCAUCUACUAGGCCGAGUCAUGGAUGUAAUGCAAGCGCUAUUCGGGCAGAGGAACCCCGCGUACCGGUGCGCGGCUGGUUUCUCUGACUCUCCUCAUCUCUUCUACUCCGGCUUCAAGCCGAACGGCGAAUGGUUUCUUCUCUAUCAAAUUGGAUUCGGCGGCGUACCGGCUCGUCCGAUUGGCGACGGCCCAGACUGCCACUGCUUGUUCCCUGCGAUCAAAUCGAUUCCCACAGAGAACAUUGAACUAUAUUUUCCGCUCAUUAUCGAGGCGAAUCAGGCAUUGCCUGACUCUGGAGGCGCUGGAUACUACCGAGGAGGUAACGCACAAAGAACACUCUAUCGUUUCUUGAGCGAAGGGGAGGUGAGCAUACAUGACGACAGGUGGUUUGUCAAACCAUGGGGGGUCAACGGUGGCAGUCCCGGGUCCCGGAGUAAGAAAAUACUCUACAAGAACAAUUCAUACGGAACAGAGAAGGAGGGAGAUAAUAAGGAAUUGCUGCAGAGCAAGCAGGAUCAUAUCUACGUUCACCCUGGCGAUGUUCUUGAAUGGAUUACCUGGGGCGGCGGCGGCCUCGGCGACCCUCUCACACGGCCUGCGCAGAUUGUAGCGUCGGAGGUUCAUCGUAAACUUGUAACAUUUGCAGGCGCGGCAAACAACUACGGCGUGGUUGUUCGACCAGGCGAUUUCACCGUGAAUGAGGGCGCAACGAACGAGCUGCGGCAGAAGAUGAGAGAAGACAGAAAAAGCACAGAUUACAGCAAGAAGCUGGACUACGACCGUGGUGGCAGCAUGGUUGAAUUGAUGGCAAGGUGUGAGGAAGAGACUGGACUACCGGCACCGCGACCACAGUGGGAGAAAAAUCCCUACGGUCCACAUGUGGGCUUGAGCUAUGUGAAGGAUUGGUACAGAAAGAUGCGGGAAAAAGGACUGAAUGCUUGGGAUUUUAGUGACUGAUUAAAUGCCC